AUGCAUGAAAUCGUCACCCUUCAGUUCGGCCAACAGAGCAACUAUCUGGGCACCCAUUUCUGGAACACUCAAGAAUCGUACUUUACGUACGACUCGCAGACCGAGUCGCCCGUUGACCAUGACGUGCACUUCCGGCCUGGCAUCGGCGCUGACGGCAGCGACACGUUCAUGCCGCGCGCCGUCAUCUACGAUCUCAAAGGCGCAUUUGGAAGUUUGAAGAAGAUUAAUGCGUUGUAUGAUCCAUUAGAAGAGGCUGAGACGAGUGCGGGAUUGUGGCAGGGUACCACAGUCCCUAUUCGCGCUGAACCAAUCGCACCAAGCACGUACACGCAGCAUAUGGAUGCAGGAUUGGAGCCACCGCAAUUGACCCCAGAGUCUGUACGGUACUGGUCUGAUUAUAGCCGCGUCUAUUUCCAUCCGAAGGGCCUGGUCCAGCUACAUGAGUAUGAACUUCAGAGCCGCAUCAUGCCGUUUGAGGCAUGGGACGCCGGCGGGGAGUUGUUUGGAGAACUGGACAAGGAGCAUGAUUUGCUUGAUCGUGAUUUGAGGCCAUUCAUCGAGGAAUGUGACCAGCUUCAGGCGCUGCAGAUGAUGACUGGCGUGGAUGAUGCUUGGGGUGGAUUCUCUUCACGCUAUGCCGAAAGACUACGCGACGAGUUUGGCAAGCUGAGCAUUUGGGUUUGGGCGCUAGAAGACGAAGAGAAGAAGGCAAGGGACAAGAAACUUCUAGCCCUCACCAACCGCGCUCGUUCGCUGUCUGCUCUCACGGAACAAGCAACAGCCUACAUCCCCUUGCUCGACCAACCCUCCAAGACACCGUCCUACCUUACAUACAGUCCCUCAUCCCGCUGGCACACAUCCGCCCUCCAAGCCGCAGCCUUGGAGUCAAUGACGCUGCCUUCACGCCUCAAGCCAGCAUCCCAGCGCCACACCUUUGCCGAAAUGGAAGCCGCCUUCAAUAACGGCGGCAACCGGCGCAUCGCCGAGCUGAGCAUGAGCGUCGCAGACCCAGAGGCGUUGACCGCACGGCUGCGCGAGGAAGAAGAAGCGGCGGAGAAGGCACGGGAGGCGAAGAUGGGGAAGCCAGGCGCUGGGAAGCCGCCUCGCCCGUCGCGCGCGUAUGAGGGUUUAGAUGAAGAAGAUGAUGAGAAUCAAGGGGCACGGGCGCUGGACGUGGAGUUUUUGGGCAUCGGGCCCGAGCAGGUUCAGCGGGGGAUGGGCGGCAGGAAGAAGAGAGUGCACGUGUUUGGGCGCGUGGACAGCCUGCGCGGAGACUGGGAGCAGGCGGAGAAGAUUGAGGAGCAGAACGCGAAGGCGCGCGACCGGUUCGCAGGAUCGAAGAUGGUGCAGCGCUACACAACCCCGCUCCUCUUCCCCCACCUCGACAGCUACCCCCCCAUCUUCAGGCUCAACAGCACAGCCGCAACCACGACGCGCGCGCUGGCCGUGCAAGCCUCGCUCGCGACCUCGACGGGCAUCACGGAGCGCGUGCGCGGCAUGGCCGCGCUGGUGGGCCGCACUGUCGCGCUUGACGAGCGCGAGGCCUUGUCUAAUGCGCUGCAGACGCUGCGCGAGGAGUAUGAGGAGGGCUGGGAUAGUGAGCUCGAUGAUAGUGGCGAGGACGACGAGUGACGGCGAGGACGGCGAGUGAAGGCAACGUUGGGUGAGUAAUUGUGUAUGCGGGGCGUGUGUGUGGCUGAGUGUUGGCGUGCUGGCGCGGGGUGGAUAAGAGGGGAGGCUUGAGGGGAAAGGAUGGUAGAGGGUGCGUACAUAGGAACCGUACCUUAAUCAGAAUUACGCGCA